GCAGAGAGAGACACUAUUCAUUGAGCCCCCUCCCCACACACACAGUGUCAGAACCAGGGGAGGACACAGAGAGAGACAGAGACACGGACGUGGAUCCUGUGGCACGAGAGAGACACAGACCCCACCACAGCUGCCGUCAGAAGGACACACAACUCAACGGCGCUACACCAACUGUGACCAACAUCCAAGCCCUGGACUUGGGAGAGGGCGAGCGAGCACUAGAAGACACGAAAGGGAGAGGGAAUUGAGAGAGAGAGAGCUAGAGAGAGUGAGAGAGGGAGAGAGAGGGAAGAGAGAGCGCUAGAGAGAAAAAGAGAGAGAGAGAGAAGGAGAGAGAGAGAGAGGCACUCACAGAGUGGACGCCUUCAAAUGAGAAUUCAAGUACUCAGAACGAGGGAGAUGUUUAGAGGUAACAGUAACUAACAGAAAACUGAAUUCAAUAAAAAAAAACUCUACUCUCGCUUGGAUCUGGCUGUAGGAGUUCAACGGACCAGAGCAGGAACAAACCAAAAGAAACCAAAAGAGAAAAAGACAACUGUGACUCGGUCGUCGUGAGAACAGAGAACGGUUUGACCGAAGGAGACGCAGGAUGGCCAACUCGGGGCUCCAGCUACUGGGCUACUUCUUGGCGCUGGGCGGAUGGAUAGGGAUCAUCUCCACCACGGUGCUGCCCCAGUGGAAGCAGUCGUCGUAUGCAGGCGACGCCAUCAUCACGGCCGUGGGGCUGUACGAGGGGCUGUGGAUGAGCUGUGCCUCCCAGAGCACGGGGCAGGUGCAGUGCAAGAUCUUCGACUCCAUGCUCUCCCUGGACAUCCACAUCCAGACGUGCCGGGCCCUGAUGGUGGUGGCGGUGCUGCUGGGCUUCAUCAGUAUCAUCGUCAGCGUGGUGGGCAUGAAGUGCACCAAGGUGGGCGACAACAACCCCGCCACCAAGACCCGCAUCGCCGUCUGCGGAGGGGCCCUCUUCGUGCUGGCAGGUGUGUGCACGCUGGUGUCAGUGUCCUGGUACGCCACUCAGGUUUCCUACCAGUUCUUCAACCCAAAUACGCCGCUCAAUGCCAGGUAUGAGUUUGGCUCCGCCCUCUUCGUGGGCUGGGCAGCGGCCAGUCUUACGGUACUGGGCGGGGGCUUCCUGUGCUGCUCCUGCUCCAGUGAGGACAGGCGAGGGCAGCAGUACUACCGCCAAUCACAGCCUUCAACAGCCAGGGAAGCAAAUGUAAAAAGUUCCCCGCCAGAGAAAAGGGAGCAGUACUUGUAGUUUGGGAGAGACUUCUGGCCUUACCAUGUUUUAUAGAUUGUGGCAAGAUAAAGAAAACGGUCUUACUGAGAAACGCCCAAACACACAAGCGGACAAACAAUUUGAACCAGCUCCAGAUGAGGUUUAACCAGCAGCACUCCCUACUCCCCAUACCGCUAAACUAUUCCACAGUCGUCCCCCCAAAAAAAACAUAGAAAGUAAACAUGUUGUACUUACUCUGAGAGCCAUUCUGAAAGAGAAAUGCCUUUCUUUUUGUUUUGCCUUGUCUGUUUUGUUGUCUUCAGGACGGACAUUCAUUCAGGGUCUUUUUCUAAACACAUGUUAAAAUGCCCAGGUGUAUAUCGCACCUGUUAUACUCUUUACUCUUUUUUUUUUACUACAUAUAUAAUGUUUUACUACUGUGCCUUAUAACAAGUGUUUGUGCACAACUCUUUGUGACUACAUGGUCACCCAAACCCGACGCAUCUGGGGGAGGUGUUGUUUGUCAGUUGCUCCUCUGCAAGUCGUCAUUUAUUUCUUUAUUUAAAAAUCUACCGAAAGACACACAAUAACCAUGUUAUCGGCAUGUCACGGUGGACUUUAUUGUGUAGCUAAUCUACCACGUAUAUACACACACACAACAAAGCGAUACCGACGCCACAAUGUGCAGAGAGAAAAGGGGCUUGGUUUUAUGUGUAGUCUUUUUUUUGUGUCACCUGGAUUGAGGAUAUGACCAACACAGCUUUUUGUGUAUUUUCUUUCUUUUUAAUGUUUGGUUUUGUUGUUCAAGUGCCAAUUAGUAUUUUUUUGUAUGAGAGCGCCCUUUGUUUGGUGGUGAUGACUUUAGAGACCGUACUGUACGGUGUGCUCCCAGCCUCCCGCGCCACCGGCCACCAGACCUGUACUGAAGGAACGCCUUGUUUUCUGCUGAGUGGAAUUGGGUCCAGUAUCCCCCCCCUCCUCUUUCUGAUGUCUUCAUUUUAAUUACCAAUGUGAUUGUUCUCCCUGACUAAUACUUAGCUCCUCCUACCCCGUUUGUGUAUAUGAACUCAUUUACAAUGUAGCCAUUAUUGUCUUUUUCUUUUAGAAUGAAGUAAACAGGGGAAUAAAAAAAGGAAAUAAAACUGGGAUUUG